AUGGCUGAUCGAGUGCUUGUGAUUGGCAGCGGGGGCAGAGAACAUGCUCUGGCUUGGAAAUUGGCACAGUCUCCACAUGUGAAACAGGUACUGGUUGCUCCGGGAAAUGCCGGUACAGCUAAUGAUGGCAAAAUCUCUAAUUCAGGUGAAUAGCUUGUAGUAUUUGGUGACUUUUCCUGCAUUGGAUAUAUUUUUAUGUAUUUGAAUGGUCAUACAGUGGAGAAACACACCCACGCCACCUUUCCAAAACAGUGUACAAUGUAUUGCAUAAAUGUAAAUGCUGGGUGAGAAAAAUCAAUGCUUCAAACAUGUCUGACUUUUUAUGUUAACUUAGCAGAAUGCACAUACAAAAAUGCAAGCGCUACAGCAGGGGUAGUCAACCUUUUUAUACCUACCGCCCACUAAUGCAUCUUUCUUGAUGGUAAAAUUUCCUUACCGCCCACCAGUGCUCAAUGGAAGGAGGAUUCAGCUUGUGCCGUAGAACCCCCUACCGCCCACCUAGAAUCCUGAAACGCCCACUAGUGGGCGGUAGGGACCAGGUUGACAACCCCUGUGCUAUUAAAAAAUACAAGACAUUCAUUGAAUCUGUGAUGCACUUUAAGUUCUGCAGAUCAGAGAUGACUAACUGACCUUGACCAUUUAUGAAGGAGUUGGAGUGUGUAAUCAAACAUGUUCAGCCCCUGAAACUGUUACCUAGAUAACAAAGUAGUUUUUGGAAGCACAGUUUUAGUCAAUUUCUGCUUCUGCAGAUGGCCCACAUGCCCAUCCUACAUUGCUCAGCCUUUUAAGGGGUGCAUGCCCACCCUAUUCCUUUCUAAUGGGAGCCCAGAGGGCAAGGGCACUUGUUGGAUCAAUGUCUUAGCUUGUGUAGCCGUGCCUUGCACCUUCAACCCUUGUCUUGCUUAUGUACUGCUUAGAGCAUUUAAGUUACUGUGGGAGCCAGGGCACAUAGGCUUUUGAUGUAAGUUAUCUUGGAAUCUAAGCUACCAAAUUCUUUAUUGCAGAUCCAUAUGCACAACUAUAUCUUUACUUAACAUAUUGAAAUAAAUCUUUAUCAUGUUUUCCUUUUGUGGUUCCUGAAGCCACAUAACUGUCAUACAUUUUGGAUCCUGGUGUUUAUUAUUAUUUAUUAUCUAUUUCAGGGGUUUUAAUUAGCAACCAUACUAUCCUAGCCCAGUUCUGCAAAGAUCAUAACAUUGGGUUUGUGAUUGCUGGACCAGAAUCUCUCCUUGUGACAGGUAAAGUUAGAGUAACUCCUUUCUCAGGAAAAAAACAAGUGCUCUAGAUUAAAAAAUAAAGGUCCAGCCUUGGGUAGCAUAAGAACCCAGUACAGUGGUACCUCGAGUUACAAAUGCCUCAGGUUACAAAUGCUUCAGGUUACAAACUCCACUAACCUGGAAGAGUUACCUUAAGUUGAGAACUUUGCCCCAGGAUGAGAAUGGAAAUCAUGUGCCGGCGGCACAGUGGCAGCAAAAGGCCCCAUUAGCGAAAGCAUGCCUCUAGUUGAGAACAGUUUCAGGUUAAGAACGGAAUACGGUACCACUGUAUUUGGUAUCAACAACUGGAGAGCAAAAUGGGUUUCAAAUAGCUGGGGUUUUUUGCAACUGAGAAAUGGCCUUUCUUCUUCUUCUUCUUCUUCUUCUUCUUCUUCUUCUUCUUCUUCUUCUUCUUCUUCUUCUUCUUCUUGCCUUUUUGAAACUCUGGACAGUGUGAUUCCUACUGAUAAUCCUGCACGUAGAUAGACAGCAGGCACCAGCCUCUUGUAUGAGCAUAUGCAUGUAGCAUCUUGGAACAUUACAUAAAAUAACUCGCUUGUUAGACCAGAGUUCAUAUUGAUGUAGAUUCUAUUUUAAAAACCAUUGCGUUACAGUGGUACCUCGGGUUACAAGCACCUCAGGUUACAAACACUUUGGCUUACAGACUCCACUAACCUGGAAGUAGUACCUCAGGUUAAGAACUUUACCUCAGGAUGAGAACAGAAAUCGCAUGCUGGCGGCGAUUUAAAGUGGUACCUCAGGUUAAGAAUGGUUUCAGGUUAAGAAUGGACCUCCGGAAGACAUGAAGUUCGUAACCAGAGGUACCACUGUAUUAGGCAUUAAAACAUACCUUGGCUACAGGUUUGAUAAGUUUAUUAUAGAUGCAGGCAGACUUUUUAAGAGAAAGUUCAAGGUGACAUGAUAAACUGCAUCGUUUUUUGUUUCUGAACUAUAAAACCCCAAGCUCUUAAGCCUUCCUCCAUACUGGUGAGCUGCCUGCUGAUAAUUUUAGUUGCUCUUUUAGCUCUGUGAUACCAUUCUGAGACAGGCAAGGAGUAUUAAUAAAAAAAAAAAUCUGAAUUCCAUAGCAAGCUUUGUCUGAGCCUUUCAGUAUUUUGUUGUUAGGAAUUGUUGAUGACUUGGUAGCGGCUGGAGUUAGAUGUUUUGGCCCUACAGCCAGGGCAGCACAACUGGGAACAAAUCGAAGUUUCGCUAAGGUCUUUCUUGAUCAACAUGGAAUUCCAACAGCAAGAUGGAAUGAAUUUUUAAAUCCGCAAGACGCUUGCACUUUUAUUAAUAGGUAAGCAUUAUUUUCUCCAUUAGCUUACGCUCUUUAGAGUUGAUGGUAUAGCUUUUUCGUGAAUUAAAUUAAAAAGGGACCCCAAAUGUAUUGAAAAAUGUUGAUGAAUAUUGUAGAAUGGCCAAAGAUUGACAAGUUUACUGUUCUAGAUCUCAGUCUCUCCACGUUCACCCUCAACUUUCUCUCCCUCACUACACACUAGACCUGCUUGGUUCACCUGCUCCCUCCACAGCUAGGAUCUGCUUGCAGAUCACAACCACAAGGCUCCGCAGUCAGCUACUGGGUCCCAGAAAACAGGGGGCACUUCUUCCUCUUAUUUAUUCAUCAGCCUUGACUACAACAGCAAUUUUUUUAUUGGUUGUUUCUUUUUUGGGGGGGGGAUACCAAAACAAAAUAAGGAGGAUGAUAAAGCCUUUCACAAUGUUUAUUCCUUAGAUACUUCUAAAGAAGGUUUAAAGUGCAGUAAUUUAUCAGGGUGAAUUUUCUCCUCACACCUUUAAUCACUCUAAGCAAGGCUGCAUCUCAUACUUAGAUGGGAAACUUCCAUAGAGGCCUAGCCCAAGCCUUCCUUGAAGAAAGGCUGGAUAAAGUUUAGAAUAUAAAUAAUUAGAAUAUUUUCACGUAGCUCAGUAUUGCCUACACAGACUGACUGUAACUCUCCAUGGUUCUCUCUCAGCCUUGCUUGGAGAUGUGUUAAAAUUCUCCUUUCUCUAAAAUGUUGUGUUCCAGACAGUCCAGGAACUAUUUUUUUUUCAAAAGAGGAAAUUUUUGACCAUAUAAUGAAAAGGAGUGAUUUUCUUCUAAUAUGCUCUAUCUUAAUUUAAAGUGCUGCUUUUCCUGAAUUGGUGGUAAAGCCUAGUGGCUUGGGUCCUAGAAAAGAGAUAAUUAUUGCGUCCAACAGAGAGGAAGCCUGCAAUGCAGCGCAAGAAAUUCUGCAGGUGAUUUAUGCCUCUUUGUUCAGCUGUUGUGUGCUUUAAUUUCAUUUAUCAUGGUUUUUUUAUGUAAGGCUAAAUCUUACACUCAGUAGUUAGAUUGUAGUCCAACCCCCUGCAGUGCAGGAAUAUGCAGCUGUAUGUUUGUAAGGUAAGGUAAAUGGGGAUGCAGGUGGCACUGUGGUCUAAACCUCUGAGUCUCUUGGGCUUGCCAAUUGCAAGGUCGGUGGUUCGAGUCCCUGCGAUGGGGUGAGCUUCCGUUGCUCUGUCCUAGCUUCUGCCAACCUAGCAGUUCAAAAGCAUGCCAGUGCAAGUAGAUAAAUAGGGGAAGGUAAACGGCAUUUCCGUGCACUCUGUUACUCAGCACGGUGUUCUGAUGUGCCAGAAGCUGUUUAGUUAUGCUGGUCACAUGACCUGGAAAGCUGUCUGUGGACAAACACCAGCUCCCUUGGCCUGAAAGCGAGAUGAGCGCCGCACCCCAUAGUCGCCUUUGACUGGACUUAACUGUCCAGGGGUCAUUUACCUUUUACCUUACCUAUGUUUGUAUUUUGGGUAGGUUUUUUCUUCUACUGUGACAUUGUGCAGUGACGUAAUUAUAUAAUAUUUUAAAUGGUGUUCUGACGUACAAAAACCAGUUAUAUGUUUAACCUGCAAAUUGUCACACCUCAUAAAAAUUUAGUAGGGAUUCUACUCAAGUAGAAUGUAGACUACAUGAAGGUUUACAGGUGAAGAAAAAAAGUGACUUUAUUGGAAAUGCUCUAAAAAAGAGCUUUCUCGUUAAAAAUGGAAGAUGGAAUGAAAGUAGAAUCUGACCAGUGGAUUUUUUUUUCUUUUUUAAUGCAGGGCAAUGUUUUUGGAGACACCCAAGAUACCGUAAUAAUUGAAGAACUUCUUAAAGGGGAAGAGUUUUCUGUGCGUUUUCAUUAAGUACUGCAGUCAGAGUUACCCUGUAUUGUUUUUGUAUAGUCCACAAACUUUAAUUGUUAUUAAUAGAAAUAGCCAAGGCCAGCCUGAGGCCACCUCAUUACCUGAGGUGGUAACGAGCCCAGAGAGGAGCAGUUGGGGCAUUGGAGACAGCAGCAGAGGAGAUACUGGUGGGAGACUGAGGAAGCAUUGAGCAACAAGUAUAGGACGUGGCGAGCAAUACACUCCUGGGUCCCCUGGGUCUGCUGUCCCACGCAGCUGCCCUCAGCCUGCUUCCUGAGGCAACUACCUCACUGAGCCUCAUGGAUGGGCUGUCCCUGACUAUAGCAACGUGGUUCACUUAGCAUGAAGCACAAUGUUAGUACAACAUCAGCAUUAUUUACUACUAUUUCCCAGUGUGGUUUAGUGGAAAGUUUGUUGGACUGGGAAGAUGUAGAUUCAAAACUCAACUCUGCCAUGAAGCUUACUGGGUCACCCCGGGCUACUCACAUGGUCUGAGCCUAACUGCCUCCCAGUUUUGUGGAUAAGAAUAGGAGGCCCAUAAAUCCUUGGGGAAAGGGCAGGGUAAAUUCCAGAGGAACCACAUAACUUGCUGAACCACAAGGAGUUUUUGAGCUUUUGGGUGCUAAUUUUUUGGGUGCUAAUUGGGUGUCUGAUGAGAACUACCAGCAAAUAUAGGGAUUUUAUUGUGCAUUGUUAUCAUAGUUUUUAGCAUGCUGUAAACUUUGAUACACAAUAAUUAGUAUUUCCUUCAAGGGAUACUAAGGGGACUUGCUUUGCAAACCUUUGCAGGGUAAAAUACAGGCAGGAUUUUCAAAGUCAGCAGUUUCAGCCACAGAAGGGGAAGGCACAGAAACACAACUGGAUACUUCUGCUUUUCUUCCUUGUGAAGCAAUUGGUAGUGACCUGCUGCACAGACUUGCAUCUCCCCACAAGGAUUCCAAAGAAAGGAAAAGAGACUUGGUGACUGCUUGUGGAUUUGGGGGAGGAAGGAGCUAACAGAUGUGCCUAAGGCAUUUUCUUGCCUGAGAUGAAGGACAAGAUGGUCCCAAUUCCCCUCCCAAUUCCACGCACGGAAGUCAGACAGAUUGGCAGCUGAAUCUUACAACACCAGCAACAGGACAGCAUUCUCCAUUGCAUCUGAGGACAGCAGGCAAACGAUGCAUAGCUCACACAGCUUUUUCCUUCAACAGAUCACCGCUCUCUGUCUCCCCCGGUUUCUGCUGCCAGAGGCAGCUUCCUUACUCUGCCUAGUGGUAGGGUGGACUGUGGCAGUCAGAAGGUGGAGGAGUAGAGAAUAGCAUGGGCCAACUUUUCACAUGGUAACAUUGACUCUGUGACCUUAGCUACAAUUUACCUGCAGCCAUUAGCUGGUGAAAAUGUUCACCUCUGUGUGGCGAAAAGCUCUUGCUAAUUUCAGCACUGCUGUGAAAGGCAGGACUUCAAGGAUUGAAUUAAUAAGAGAGAAACUUAUGCAUGUUGAUGUAUAAUGUGUGUGAUUUUAGUUUGUUAUAUUUGUUGCUCAGUUUCAUGUAUUUUCUUCUCAGUGCUUAUGCUUUGUGGAUGGAGUCACUUUUGCUCUCAUGCCACCAGUCCAGAUCCAAAAGCGACUAUCUGAUGAAGACUGGGGUCCAAGCACUGUUGGAAUGGGAGCUUAUGGUCCAGUACCUCAGGUGCCAACAAGUUUUAUUCACUAUCUGCUUAGGACUCCAUAUGCCUUUCCCCUGGAAAUCAUAUAGUCUGAUUUCUAAGUAAUUUCUUGAGUGAUGCUUUCAAAUCUUUCUGGGUAAUCCAUGACAACUGUUGACCUUGGAAUAAUAAUGGACAUAGGCGUCAUCUCCUGGACCCCCCCCCCCACUCUUUUGCCCUCCCAAUUUUGUUGGAGGGGGGCAACCCCAAAUGAAGAACACACAUGUCAUUGCUUCCCCUUCAGUCUUCUGUACAAGUUGGUGCAUCUGUUAAUGGAAAAUCAUAUAACAAGAUUCUAGCAUGCUAAUGCUGUACUGACAAAGGUGUGUUGUACUCCACAGUCAUACUUCAGAAGCGCAUAAAUUGGUAUUGAAUGUGAAAUUUAGCAGCUUGAUAAUCUCGGCUCCAUCCCCCGCCCCAAAGACUGCAGGUGUAAACUUGAUAGUGUGGGGGGAACUUUCAGCAGAUGACGGGGAGGGCUCUAAGCAGACUCUGUAGGAGUCAAGGGCAAGACUUUGUUGGCCUCCAUGGAGUUGUCUGUCCUUCCGUGUGACUAGCAGAAUUAAAAUAAAUUAUUCUAAGAAAUGGACAAUACAUGUAAUCGAUGCAAACUAGAGAAUGGUGUGAAACUCUAAUGUUUAUUUUUGUUGCUCGAGUAUGCACUUCCUUAGUCUUAGGGUUGCCCUUGUAGAUGAUGGCAGGAAGACAGAUGGAGACAAAACUUGAAUUAGUUGCCUCUGCCUUUCAUUGGCUUUGGCUCCAUCUACUGUUGGUCUUUGUGUGAACAAUCCCAAUGGGAACCAGCCCCUACUGGUGUUCGGUUACUUUUUUAUCACUAUGUUUUGAUUUUUUACACUGAGGAAAAAAUUGUCAUAAAGCAGUCUCCAUGUGUCCUUCUCCUGUUGCUCAUUAGAUUUCCGAAGUCCUUCUAGAAAAAGUUAAAGGUACACUUCUUCAACACAUUAUCAACAGCAUGAAGCAAGAAGGCAUAUCUUAUGUAGGUAAGAAGUUACACUCGACAUCAAGUUCCUUGGGAAUGAUUAUUCUCUCAUAUGACAUUACCCCGUCUGAUGUUUAUGUUUUGGAUUUUCAUCAUAUUGAAAACUCAUUCUUGUCUUCACGUAACAACUUACUAUUUUUUUGAGUCUUGCUUAAUGAAUGACAACUUCUGGAGGAGUUGUUUUAUGAAUGGAGAACUUGAUCUUCUACCAAUAAUAAUAAUAAUAAUAUGCAGAAUUUUAAAAAAUGCUUCACUUCAUCUCAUGCCUUAGUCUAGCUGUAUGCAUUUUAAAGACACGUUAAAAUAUAUACUUUGAUUUUGUUAUCUAUAAUUCUCUGAUUCCUUUCAGGUGUGCUGCAGAUAGAAUUAAUGCUUACCAAAGAUGGUGUGAAAGUCUUAAGUUUUGACUGCUAUUUUGGUGACCCCCAAUGCCAGGUAAAUCAGAGUUACACAACCUAAUCCUGUGAACCACCAAGACAGCAAAUUAAUAUUUCAGAUUGCAUGUAAUUUCUGCUCCGGCAGCAUAGCAUUACAGUUUGUAGUGCUGCAUGGUGGACAUUGUGAGUUAACAAAAGAAAAGCCAGUGUAGCACAGCAACUAAACGGAAUCAAUAUAGUCUCUGUGCUAUACUAGUCUCUCCUUUGAGGAGUUCACAGUAGUAUAAUCUCCCUGCAGUCAAAUCAGAUUGACUGCUGCAAACUUUAUCCAAACAAAUCAGGACAAACGCUCUGUAAACAGGCCAUCUGGUUUUAGGCUUGCUUUCUAACUUGUAAUCACUGUAAGCUAAUUGCCACUGGUUUUUGGAAAUAGAAAAGCAUUGCAAAAGCAGUGAUUUGAACUAGAUAUAGUUGCUGAAUCGUUUAUAAUCGUAUAUAAAAUGCCACCUAUGUCCACUUUUGCAGGUGGUUGUUCAGCUUCUUAAAAAUGAUCUUUAUGAAGUGAUCCAAGCCACUAUUAAUGGCAGGCUCUGCAGUUCCAUGCUGGCUUGGUCAGAGAAUUGUACUGCUGUGUCGAUUGUCAUGGCAAGUGAAGGGCAUCUGGAAUGUUCUAAUCAGGGCAAAGAGAUCACUGGUAAUUCUUUUUUAUUCUGAACAGUUUAAUUACAAGGUACAAUGAAUAAUUUCGCUUUAUGUUUUCUGACAGUCAUUAUUCCUUUUUUAAAAAAUACCACAAUAAUCAUCUUUCAGUUACAGUAUUUUGAAUUAUUUACUAAAUGUAUUUCUUGUUAAAUGUUUCAACAGGGAAACUUAAGUGAAAUGUGAAGUGCGGACUUUCCACUGAUAUUUUGAGACCCCGUGAAAUGACAAUACAACCACCUACAUCUAUAGAAUAUGUUCUAAAUAUAAUAAUUGAGCCCAUUUUCCUUUCAAUUUUUGUAGGGCUCCUUCAGGCAAGAGAGCUAGGCCUGGAGAUCUUCCAUGGAGCUACCAUAGCAGUGGAUGACAAAGUGCUGGUUAAUGGCAGCAGAGUCCUGACAGUAACAGCCAUGAAGGAGGACCUUGCGUCAGCACUUGAAGUUGCCUACAGAGGACUGGCAGCCAUUUAUUUCCAGGGUGCAACUUAUCGAAAAGAUGUUGGUUAUCAAGCUAUGAGGUUUCUCAGACAGUCUGCGUAUGUAAACAUAGGCACUGGCAGAUCAUGCGUGCUAACCCAAUGUUUAUUAUUUUGCCCAGGAUCAGAGGUGGAUUUAAGGAAACAUGACUGGUUCACCCGCACUGGGUGCCCAGCUGAGAGGGUGUGGCAGAGGCGCUGCAACAAUGCCUUAGAUUGGAAGGCAAGAGGUGGGGACGCACACACCAAAUUUUGGCAUCGCACAGGGCACUACUGACAUUUGAAAGUCCAAAGUCUGCCACUGCCAGGAUUCUCUUGCAAUCACAAUCGUAACUGAAAAAUGUUUUAACAACCGUGACGUGUGCUUCUGUUUUAGGAGUCCAUCAUAUGAAGACAGAAUUGCAGAUCCUAUUGUUUGCAAUGUCUUGGUUCGCCCACCUAACCUAACAGCUGCAAGUGGUUCCAAAUUAGGUAAGGAUCUGAUGAAGUGAUGAAUUCCCAAAGGAUUUUGAAGACCACUUCAGUUUUUCAAAUUUAUUCGAUGUGAACCAAACUAUUAAAUGGAUAUACUAACCAGCUUCUGGCAAGAGCUCACUUCAUUGUCCUCCCUUAUCCUCAGAAGUUAUUGCUCUUUGCAUAUCAGCAGUUUUCUCUUGCACAAAGAGUAGCAGGAGAAUUAUGUGUGAUUAGGGCUACAAUGUUCAAUUGACUAAACUUUAGGAAAUUAACUGAUUAAAAACAUUUGCUCAUCUAACUAGAUGCCCCUAAUUAAUUUGACAUCAGGGGUGCUAAUUUGAAUAAAAUAUUGGGGGGGCAGAUAAGCCCCCCCCCGCCUAAUCAAUCACAUGAUGCUGUGCACACACACCAUUUGAAUGGCACUGCCCAUCAACUUUGGGGGACUUGGCCCCCUCAAACAUUUUAUUGGGGGUGAGGCAAAGGACCUCAACCCCUAGGAGUUGGCUCCUAUGUUGGACAGCAUAUAUCCAUAUCAUUUUACGUAUCUAGCUUUUUUUUGUUAUAAAACUUUUUUGUAAAACAAUUACAGGUGGCAAAUGCCAUAACAUAAGAAUCGUUCUCACUUUCCCCUCAUACAGGAGAGAGAGCAUCUUCUGAUAUAAUGCCUGAGAUGCAGCAUCUAAAAACAAAGAAAAUAAGCUUCUUGCUUUAGAAAUGUUGUUUUUACCUAUGGGGAGAAUUAAUUGAUAGCGUAAGAACAUAAGUAAAGCCCUGCCAGAUCAGACCAAAGGUCCAUCCAAUUGAGUAUUUUGUUCAUAGUGGGCAACUAGAUGUUUGUGGAAGAUGAGUGAUAGCCCUAUCCCCCCGCCCCAUGUUUCCCAGGAACUGAUAUUUAUUCAGAGCCAUACUAAUAGUGAUACUAGAUGUGGUAUAAAGCCAUCAUAAUUUUUAGCCAUUGAUUAAUCAAGUAACUAAAACAAAUACGAUAAAUCAAUUAAAAAUAACGUAUUUAAUUGGGAUACGGCUGUCAUGAUCUUUGUUUGGAACUUCAGACUGUUAUGGACUAUUUCUGCUUUUUGUAUGCUGCUCUGUUGCCCACACCUAAUUUGCCAGUGCAGGCAAUGUUUUUAUCUAUGGAAAUGUCAACUUAUCUCUUUCCUUCUUGCUUCACAGUAAUAGCUGAAUGGAAUGUGUAAACACCUGCCUGACUAUGGUAUCAUAUUGCACAUGGGGCUGAAUGUGAAACCUGAUGCUCUGCUUUUGCUCCUGUUAGCAACAGCGGUAGCCUCUGCUGUUUUCUAAAGAUAUUCUAUUUAACUAGAAUCUAAAACAGAAACAGGAAGCACUCCUAUAUUCCAACCUCUUGCAACAUCUCAGCCUUGUCUCAGUGAUCUAUUGCAAACAUGAGGAUUUGCAAGGGGGAGUAGUAAUAAGUUUUCAAUAGCAGUGCUAUUUCCCACAAUGUUUUUGACUUCUGUGUAUCUUUCAGGCAGCUGUGGGCAUCGGGGGAGUGUUUCUGCCUUCUUUGAUUUGAGAGCAUCUGGUUAUAAUGAUCCCAUUCUAGUAUCCCGAACUAAAAGCAUUGGGACAAAAAUGAAGGUAAACCAAGGCAUGUCCCUACUGUAGCUUGUGCUAUGCCCAUGUCUCUUGUGGUGCAUCGUUUUUCCAUGUGAGACCACAAAACUACACUGGUCAAAUCAAGAUGGAACGGCCUUUCCAUAAACACAGAAGUAACCGGCACUUAUAAAUGUUUCAGAUCAAUAUAAUUAUACAAUUUUGAGCUUUCUAAGCUAGCCCCUAUAGAACUUGCGAUGUACUAAGCUGAAUGCAUCCCAGCUGUCCUAUAUGGCGAUCCACCACAAGCUCCUGCCUUUUGCUUGGCAUCAGUUGCUCAUAUAGGAAAAGAACAUCCCUUGAGCCUUUGGCUACAUCAAGACCAGUGUCUGACACUGCCUAAAGUAAUAUUUUAUACCGGAGUAAUGCAUUCACAUUAAAAUCCCAGACUGAUUCACUUGUUCAUUACAGAUUGCUCAGCUGUGCAAUAAACAUGACAUGAUUGGUCAGGACUUGGUGGCCAUGUGUGUCAAUGAUGUCCUGGUUCAGGGAGCUGAGCCUCUCUUCUUCCUUGACCAUUUUGCCUAUGGAAAAUUGGAUGCUGGUGUGGCUCAGGCAAUAAGAGAUGGGAUAGAUGGAGCCUGCAAACUUGCAGGAUGUACUCUUCUGGGUAUGGCCACGUCUCAGUAUUUCUCUUCUCAGUUUUGAAAAUUUCUUCUUUGUGUCCUAGGAGCUGUAAGUUGUAGUGGUGGUGGUAGCAUAAAUUUCCCAUUGAGCUUGAACGUUAUUUGGGGGUUCUUCCAGAUGAAAAAAACCCAACAACCCUGGAAAAACAUUGCCCAGGUCUGGGCUGGCACCAUCAAUAUCAUGUUCCCAUUUUAUAGAGGGGGAGCAGAUAAGACUUGCUGUGAUGCAAAUAGCUAUGCUUUCCAGCCCUUCACUAAUAUAUAUUAGAACUAGAAGCCUCGUCACCAACGUUGCUCAGAAAUUCUAAGAAACAUAAGAAGAUGCAGUUUUGAAACCAGUGAUUAAACUCAGUGCAGUCUUGUAAGGUUCAACCCACCACCUUGAUUCAAAAUAUAAUUGUAUGCAUAGAUAAACAAAAACCUGCUAUUUGAUCUUAGAAACCCUUGUGCAAAAUUGGGAUCCAGUAUCUUAAGAGGUGCCCAAGUGCACAGCAAAGAAACUAGAAUUGGUGGAGGGGCUGUAGAAAUUGUUUGUUUCAUGCCAGCCUUAACACACUGGGUGGCACAAGUCAGCUGUAGGGUCUUUGACAUGGUGAUGCAUGUGAGUUGCUGGUGCAUCUGUGUCUCUUGUGUGGCAUAUGUGCAGGCUUUGGAGGCACAUGCACACACCCUGCUAAACAUUUUUAUUUUGUACCAAUAUGAGCAUCUUUCUUUCACUUCCCUAAAACCAGACAUUAGGAAUUAUUCCAAAAUUCAUCAGUGCUGUAGAUGGAUGGAUGAAGAUUGGCAUAUAUUUAUUAACAUCCUUCAUUUAUUUACAAUUUACACACUCUUAAGCAUACCCAAUGUCCCCCCCCCCCCCCGCAAAAAUUAGGUGUUGGUACUCUUACGUUGAUAAAAGUGCUGUGUUUGCCAAAGCAAAAUGGCUGCCAUAGGCUGGGGGGAAAAGAGAGGUGAUGGUACUCCAUAUUUGUGACUACUGCUGCACACAAAGCACUGAGUAUACCCAUAUAGAAUGCAAGUCCAUGGACAUUUAUGGUAUUUACUGCUGUUGGUUUCUCUUCCUUUUUCCUAGGAAGAGAGACCAGUGAAAUGUCUAGCACCUUUGCACUUGGAGAGUGCAACCUGGUUGGCUUUGUUGUUGCUGCUGUGGAACAAGAAAUGGGAUUUCCACAGCAGGAGAAGAUUGUCAGCGGUGAUCUCCUCAUUGGCAUAGCUUCUUCAGGCCUUCACAACCAAGGAUUUAGUCUUGUGAGGAAGAUUCUUUUAACAUCAUCCCUACACUAUUUCUCUUCUGUUCCUGGUGGAUGUGGUCCCCAGACUUUAGGUAUAUCUGCUUUCCCCAAUUUCUUACCCUGAACAUUUCUUGUAAAUUAAUACCAUACACUUAUUAUUUUCUCUUUCUUUCUUUCUUUCUUUCUUUCUUUCUUUCUUUCUUUCUUUCUCUGCUGUAUAUAAUUGCCUGAUUUUGAAGCCAUUGCACACUUCUCAGCUUUAGUCCUCCAUCAUGAAUUUUACUGCACCUUUUCCCCACAGUGUCUUCAGAGACAUCCUUGUUGUCCUCUUCUUCUCCAUAGAAAGAAACAAAGGAGACCUUAUGACAGCCUUCACCAACCUGAUGUCCUCCAAAUAUUGUUGGGCUGGGGCUGAUGGGAGUUGUAGUCCAGCAAUAUCUGGAGGGCAUCAGGUUGGGAAAGGCUGCAGCUUGGUGAGGAAGGAAUCUUGUCCUGCUUGUUAUAAGAUUGUAUGAAUGGUUUUAUCUACAGUUUAAAACUUCUCAUACAUUCACAGGGGAGCAGUUGCUAACACCAUCCAAAAUCUAUAGCAAAACUCUGCUGCCUGUACUCCGUUCAGGAAAUGUGAAAGCCUACAUCCACAUUGCAGAAGGUGGGUUGCUGGGAAGCUUUUCUACAAUCCUUCCUGAACAAUUUAGUGUGGUUUUGGGUAAGUAAUUUUUGUUCUUGUUGUAUUAUCUAUAUGUAAUAUACACAUGACCCGGAAGCUGUCUGCAGACAAACGCCGGUUCCCUCGGCCUAUAGCGCGAGAUGAGCGCACAACCCCAGAGUCGGUCACGACUGGACCUAAUGGUCAGGGGUCCCCUUUACGCCCCUAAUAUACACAUGAUUCUUUUUUAGCAUGACGUUAAUAAAGGCGUUUUGGAAACUAGCCGUAUGCACACACCCUCAAGUAAACCAUCUUGGCUGGAAGACUUGCAUUACUUUUUCCACUUGACCUGGGAGGGCAGGAUGCUGACUGACUCCAGCUACAAAAGCUGAGGCUGCUGAGCAGACUUUGGGGCUGGGGUGUUGUUUGGGGGGGUUGUUGAUGUUGUUGCUAUUCAUUUUUUGAAUUUUUAUUUUAGAUCUUGUGGUUUAUGUGGAAUUUGUGCAGUUUGGCUGUGUAUUUUUUGUGUUUUAUUUAUUGUUUAUGACUACUUUUGUUAUGUUGCAGUUGUGUGUGGUUUUUUCCAUGUUACAAGCCACCUUGAGCAUGGUUUGAACUGCAGAAAGACAGCAUACAAAUAAAAUUAUGUAUGUAUAUAUGUAAACAUGUAUCUGAAAUACUUCUGGCCUAAACGCUCCAAAUAGAAGACAAGCAAGAUGGGAUUUUUUUUCCCUCUGCCCCUCUGAACAGCAGUCACCAGUGGUGUGUAUAUCGUGACCUUCUUGGCUGGGACCCAGUAUUUCUUUAUCUGGGGCAAUUGCCUCCAAACUCCAUAUAAGUUUUCUGUUCCAGAUGGAAGACCACAGGGGCAACUCUAGCCUGGCAUGACUAUUCAGUGAGCCAAGAACCAACAACAUGUACAUCUCAUUGUGGGACUUUGGUUUGAAGUCAGGCCAGAGCCAAAAGUUGAUUGAGAUUGUUGCUUCAAUGUAGUCUGCAGCCAAUGGAUGUUUAAAUCAGGAGCCCCCAAAGUGAUGUUCUCCAGAUGUUGCUGGACUGAACAACAACUAUCAUCCCUGAACACUGACCAUAAUGGAUCACCUGAUGGAAUUAGAAUCCAUCAGGAGGGCACCGCAUAGGCCUCCCAUUUUAAAUAUUCCUGUCAAGCCACACCUUCUUAAAGGAGCCUUGUCUAAUAACAAGAGACUGCACUUUUCUUAUGCCGGCUUGUGCUGUGUUGAGGGUGAAAGACCUCUUCCAGACCCUGGGCUUAGUGGGGUGGAAAGGAGAGCUCUCAGUUUCCAGUGGGGUGAUGCAUGCAAGUCUAAAAUAGCUACUUUCUAAGGGACAGUGUCUGGAAGCCUCACUGUGUCCUGGAGCCCCUCUAUAGAAGUGUCUGGAGGGGGUGGCUAUUUCAACUAUUGUCUCCUAUAGCAUUGGAGGAACUGAAUAUUCUCCUUCCUAGGAGUCUCAAGAGACCUCUGCUGACAGAUGGAGUUCCAAACCAUGACAAUAGGUCUCUUGAGAGUCUGAUUGUGAAAUAACUAAUCCGAGAGUAUUUCACAGUUGCAGUCCCUCAUCCCAGAAUUUGAGAAGAAAUAUCAGAACACCCCUUUGAAAUGAAUUUCUUCCUCUUACUCAUAUGUUCAGGUCUCUGUAUGUCCUUCACAUAGACAAUUUCAGCAUGACAUAGUAGUUCCUAUCUUUUGCUGGAUUGUAUCCAAUAUUGCUAAUGAGAGUUGAGGCUGGAAGGAUGAACCUGUGCCAUGGCUUUAACACGGAUGGAAUUAAGGACAGUGUUGUUCUUUACAAAUUCAAUUAUUUGUAGAUGCUCAUAGUUGGACUAUUCCUUCAAUAUUUUCUUGGCUUCAAGAAGAGGGAAGCCUUUCAGAAGUGGAGAUGUCUCAAAUAUUUAACUGUGGGAUUGGUGCUGUGCUGGUGGUACAAAAGGAGUUUGCUGGACAGAUUUUGAAAGAUCUCCAGAAAUACGAGGAUGCGUGGUUGAUCGGGAAAGUCAUUCACCAUCUUGCAGGUUAUUGCAUUUCUUAUUCAGACAUACAAACAGCUUAAAAUCCAACAAAAGCAUUUAAAAUGUUCUAAGGCUUCAGUUCUAUACCAAUUUAUAUGAGAGUGAGGCCCAUUGAAAAUGAUGGUGUUUACUUCUGUGUAGACAUAUAUAGGAGUGCACUUUAAUUUGUAGACAUAUAUAGGGUUGCACUGUGAUUUGGACCGUAAUUAUAUUAAGUUUCUGCAGCUAUGUAACUUAACUUGGGUAGCAGGAGUAAAUUCAGCACCCCUCUUCUGUUCCUGCUGCUGCCACACCACAGCCAAAACAAAUCAAAGUCUGGGUUGCUAUGCUUUCUGAACCCAGGCUCAUGGCUUGUUUUCACCAAGCUGUGAGUGGUAACCAAGGUUUGUUCUUGGUCAUGCUUGUAAUUUACUUUGGGGAAACAAGCCAUGAACCUCAGUUUGGACAACACAGCAAACUAGAUUAUGACUUGUUCUGUGCAUGGCAUCAGCAAGAGUGGGAAAGGAGCUCUGAAAGAACUUGUUCACAUUAAACCAUAGCUUGUUUUAAACUAUGGUAUAAUAUGACAUGUGAACUGGGCCAAUGUUUAGUUUGUAUUUGGGUGUCCAUUUGCAAGUCCUGCACAAUGCAAAAAAUAUAUAUGAAAACACCAAUUAAUUAUAGGUUAUUUGCUUUCAACUCUUUUGUAGGAUUAAGGAGAAGAGCUUUUAACUGGAUAUUAUAAACAUUCCUAUCCCUUUGGCAGUUUAGUUUUCCAAAUGUAUGUGCUACUAUAUUUUAAGCGUGUACACUGAAUUACCUUUCCUUUAUUCAGGGUGUUCUCGUGUAGUAAUCAAGAAUCUUCUUGAAGCAUUGCUGCAAAACAAAUAUCCAUUUAUGAAGAAUCUUUCCAAUGUAGACAGCCAGAUCCAGACCACAUGCAGAAAAAGCAAAGUGAAAGUAGCUGUUCUUAUCUCGGGAAUGGGUGAGCUUGCAGUUGCUACAGCACUCAAUAACCAUCUCUGCAAUGGAGAUUUUGUGGGAGCAUGUAGACUUUGAUAUAUUAUGGCAAAGUUGCUUGUGUGAACUUACAUCUCAUUGAAGGUGCCUUAUAAGAAUCACUCAAUAUUAAUAGAACUGAUUGUUGUUAAUAUGCAGAUGGUUCUUAUAUUAUUGCAUUUUUGAUCAGAAUUGAAAUCUAGUCGAACCUUGUUUUAAUUUCUUUAUAAAAAUAUUUGUAUACUGCAAUUCCAUAAAAAUAAACCAAAGCUUAUCACAAUUAUUGAAAAAUGGGCAAGCACGCUUUAGUUGCCAGGGCAAUUUACAAGAAUUGAAGAAUUAUCCAUACUGGUUUAUUAAAAAUAGGCAGAAAAUCAUGUUUCAGAAACUUUCCUACACAUGCUCACUUGGGAAGAAAACCCCAUUAAACUAAAUGGGAUUUACUUUGGUUUAGAAAUGGAUAGAAUUACCUGUACAUUAUGGAUUAACUGGGAAUAAGAAUAGGGGGAGAAUAUUAAGAAUGUUAUGAAGAUAUUCACUAGAAGCUGAUCAUAAAAAACACCAAAACAACAACCAACAACACAGAAUCAUUAACUGAAGAUCAGAAAUUUAUCAUCCAGUUUUAUUGUGUUGUUGUUAAUUUUGAUAUAUUAGGUGAUACCGAAACUUUGUAGAACAAAAUGAGGCAUAUGCAGGCCUUGGUAUUCUGCCUGAAUAUAACAGAGAGCCCUCUCUGCUCCAGCCUCAAAUAUGCAAAGUUCUGAUGGUUACUACAACCAUUUAUACAACAUGAAUGUUACCUAUCACAAAUAUUUUCUUAAAAGCACAGGAAUUCUUAAGCAGUUGUAUAGUCAAAGAGCUAAAAUGCAGUGGCAACCUAUGUAAAAGGUUGACAGAGAACAUGGGUUUGUUAGUUCACAAUGAUAUUAUAAGUGCAUACUUUGGAAAGGUCACUUGCUGUUUCCCUGGGCACAUGUUUGCGAUGUCUACUAGAAACUGGCUGUGUCUUAAUCUUCUCAUUUGAGGUACAAGCCUGACAGCACUUCUCGGAUAUGCAAAAGAGCCAGCAAGCUGUGCCCAAGUAGUCCUUGUCAUCGCCAACAGGUCUGGGGUGGAAGAACUGAAGAAUGCAACCCUGGCUGGCAUCCCCACCAGAGUAAGGAGAACAUUGCAUUAUAAUUUCAUGGCCAAAAAAUCCCACAUUGCCAGAAAGUAUCUUCACUUACAAUAUUUCUCUGCAGAGUACCGCCCCAUGCCUCAUAUUUAGAUAAGUAUUCUUGAGACCAUUAUGUCUACAAGUAAAAAAACCAACAACAUCUAGAACCUGGUUUGUAUAAAUUUAAUGUAAAUUUUGAGGGUCUUCAAAAGGCUGCCUGUGUUCUUCAGUUUUGAUUUGCACGGUGCUUGAAAGUUUCUUUUGCAUUAAUCUUUUGCAUUAAUUCUUGUAGGUAAUUGACCAUAAGCUGUAUGGAAGCAGAUCUGAAUAUGAAGGCACACUUGACAGAGUCCUUGAAGAAUUCUCUGUGGAACUGAUUUGUUUGGCAGGAUUUAUAAGAGUUUUGACUAGCAACUUCCUUAGGAAAUGGAGUGGUAAGCAAGUGGAACGAACUAUUGUUGUAUUAAGUGUUGUUGUUUUUUUAAUUGCUCAGAAGGGCUGACAGCUGCUGAGGAUUCAGCAUGUAUAAGGCAAACUAGGAUCAUAAGAAUUUCAAGGCUGGGUUCAUGUACUCAAUCAAAGCAGUGAUUUUCAAUUGGUGAUCUGCAUGUGGGGCUACCGUUUCCAUUUUGCACAUCCUUGUUUGUCUCUUUGAUAUGUCUGAACAGGAGUUUCAUUAAUUAUAGGGAAAAUUUUGAGCACUUAUCCAUCACUUUCACCAUUAACUAAAGGAGGAAAUGCCCACAAGCAGGCACUCUCAUCUGCAUACAAAAUUGCUGGCUGUACGGUCCAUUUUGUGCUUGUAAGUAUCUUCCUGUGAAUAAAGAAAACACCUCUUUCUGUUUUCUGCACACCUGCAAAUAAUUCUCAUUCUUGACACAGGCAUAGAUGGGAUAUCUAGGUCAGAGAUGGGGUUUUUUGUGAUCCUCCUGAUGUUAUUGGGCUACACUUCUAAUCAUUCCUGGUAAUUGGCUAUGCGGGUUGUGGCUAAUGGGAAUCCCAACAACAUUGGGAGGGCCACAGGUGCCCUAUCCCUGAGUUUGAUGUUAUUUAGAGUAACUACCUUCUAGUUAUAAAUGUUGCCUUGGUUCCCCCGCCAAAAAAAGACUAUGUAAUUUUGCUAUUCCUCCAAUUUGCUUUGAACAAAGGAAUCAGUUCACUAAAGCAGGCAUAGGCAAACUCUGGCCCUCCAGAUGUUUGGGACUACAGUUCCCAUCAUCCCUAGCUAACAGGACCAGUGGUCAGGGAUGAUGUGAAUUGUAGUCCCAAACAUCUGGAGGGCCGGUGUUUGCCUAUGCCUGCACUAGAAUCUCUGAGACCUCCCUGUUCCUGGUGACAUAUACCUACACCUUGUUCUCCUCAGCCCUUGAUGGAAGUUUUCUAGCUGUCGUAACAAUAUUAACUCCAAGCUCAUUUACAUUGCAAUAAAUGCAUGGCCUGUUCCUCCAGAAGGAAGUCCCCUUAAGUUUAAUGGUGCUUAUUCCCUUGAAAGUGGGAUUAAAACUGAAACCUUAACCACCUUCUCGAAUAAACAUCUCCAACCACCAAUUCCUAACCUGUCCCUCUGCCUAGUUGUAUUACCCAUUUGUCUUCCUGCAUGCCAUUUCUAAUGACCUAACUACAAGUGACUGUAAAGAUGAGAUGAACAACCAGGUGGCAUUUUUUAAAAAAACCCAAAUACCUGGGGGGGGGUGCGUGUGUGAAAUUGUUAUCAAGAUCACUUUACAAAGUGGUUGCUACUUAUAUCAUCAAGGUCGUAUGUAGUUUGGGCCAUAAUGUGCUCCUCAUCCCUUUUCAACCUGCCACCUGUCCUUUAUAUUACAAUUUAAAUUUCUGCUAAUCUUUUCCAGGCUGAAUUUUAGUAACACUACUCUGCCCCAAGCACUUUCUGCUUCUGUUGCUCUUCAUGUGGAAAGUCACCUAUCUUAAUGGAAUCUCUCUCUCUCUCUUUCUCUCUGGAGGAUACUAGUCUUGAAGCAGUAAUCUUACAAGAGCCCGUCUCUGUGAAGGCAGAAGACACAGAAGAGACCUUGUCAGAAAAGGUCAAAGAAGCAGAGAGCCGGGUAUUUCCUGUUGCCCUGCAGCUGGUUGCCAGUGGAAUGGUGCAACUAGGAAAGGAUGGCAAAACCUACUGGAAACGAGAGAGUCGGGAGCUGGUCCAUCAAAAGGAAAGGCAGGAUUGCUCCUCCUCUUAA